AUGAAAGCAGCCUGCCACUUUCCACCGCACACACUGCCACCACCAACGCCAAAGUUCCCCAACACACGCCGCCAGUCUCCACUAACAUUUGGUAAUUACAUGGCCAGCAGAAGUGGAGAUUACGUCAGCCUCAUCUUCACUUAUGGCACAUUGAAGCGCGGCUUCUACAACCACAAGUUAAUGGAGGAACUGAUGAGCACGCGCGACGCCGUUUUUAUGGGCAAUUACACCACCGUGGAGUCCUUCCCUCUCGUCGUAGGGCCACAUGGGAUCCCCUUCCUUAUCAACCUUCCAGGGUCAGGACACUGGGUCCGAGGCGAGCUCUACUCUGUGUUGUCAGACCGGGGCAUCGCCUUGCUGGACGAGCUGGAGGGAAUUGACCGUGGACAUUACGAGAGGCUGCCUGUGGAGGUAGUGAACGAGGACGGCGGAGAUAAGAAGGUGGCGACGGCGGAGGCCUAUUUCGCGCACAGGGAAUUCGGGGAGGCAAUUUGGAAGAGGUGUGGGAAGGUGGGGUUGAGUGAGUACAGUAUGGAUGAUGGGAGAAGAUAUGUGAGGAGGGAAGAUAGACCGCGCAAUUCCAGUUUUCUUGGUGAUGUCAAGAAAUUCAUAUCUGGGAACAAUUGA